UUAGCUCCUGCGGAUAAAUAAGGGUGAAACGGUGAUAAACGCGAACUGAGGCGGGAGGUUUCAGCAGCUUUUUCCCAUAUUCCGAGGAAAACAAAGAGGUUCACCUUCAGAAAUCCUCGGUGGAGCCGAGACAGCUGCGGAUUAGGGGAGGAUUUAGUCAGUCACACUGUUGGAGACAGACUCCCUGAUGAAUUACAAGUGUCCACAACCUGGCAACCCAGGAGUCGCUCUUAUUAGCCUCCUGUAACUGAUCUAUGAAGCACUGACGAAUCAGUAACUACAGCGGAUGGAGGUUUUGUCAUUUCCUUGAUCCAGUCAGCGUCUGGUCUGACUGAGGCUUUUAUGUUUCACCUCUUUGCCCCGGAAGCACCGUGAGGGGUUCUGCUGAAGAAUCAGACAACCAGCUGGACUCGUCAGGUGCAUGAACAUGACUGGGGAAGAUCUGGACCUGAGCUGGUCCAGACUGGGCUGGGACGUCUCCCUCUUCACCAGCGCGGCUUACGGAACACUGACACCGACAUGUCGGACCGUGAUCCACCUGCUGUAGAGGAGCAGAUGACCGCAGAGGAACCUGGUCCUGACCUCUCCGGUCCUCCUGGUCGUCUUCCCCUGGCAGAGAAGGCCCUGUCAGAGUCUUACGCUUGGCUGCGGUACCGGGACACGUCCCUGCUGAUCUGGCAGCAGCAGCAGCAGGAGCUGCAGGCGGCGCCCCCCUCCACCUACCUGAACCGCAGCCAGUCGGCCUGGUACAGCAGCUACGGGAACCAGGCCGUGCUGGUCCGGGACAAGAGGGGCCUGGAGGACGCUGAGGGACGGUCCAGGAUCUGCAGCGUCAUGUAAAGACGAAACCUGGACCCGAACAGCUCCUCAGUUCGGAUUUAUGAAUCCAAACAUCCAGACUCUUCAGACCCCUGCAGUAUAAUUCACGGCUCAUCAAUAUUUUUACAGUGAUUUCAUCCAAAAUCUGGAUAAAAUCAGUUUCUCUGUCACAGCUGAAGAUGCAUUGGUUCAACACUCGCAUCCUUUAUUUUAAAAAUCGGUUUCCAACUUUUCGUCCUCCAUGAAAACGAAAACCUUCAAGAUACAGACUUUUUACUUCUAACAAUUUAAACCUCUGCUUCAGGUAUAAAUACUAUUUAAUAAUUAAGAUCUUUUUAGACACGAUAAAUGAAACUGGACAAAUAAUGUACAAAGGUUUCAGUUGACAGCAGAUUAUUCUGAACUAAAACUAAACUUUUACCCUGAUUUACUUUAUAGAAACUUGAAAAGUUUUCACCCUGGGAAAUAUCGGCCAAUUAUCAGAUGAGUGGUUUUAAAAAGCAAAAGCUGUCGAUGCAAAAUGGCCCCCAUCAGUGUUACAGCUGGUCCAGGUGGAGCCAGCUUCAAUUACUUUACACUCCUGGGCCAUUUAAUUCAAUGUACAAUAUAUAUAAUACACAAUCUUUCCUUUUUAUACUCUAAUUCCAAAAAAAAAAAAACCCUGCACAGUAACUGCAGCUUUCAAAUAAGCGUAUUGCAGUCUAAAGUAACUUUACCUCUGAAAUGUAGUGAAGCACAGUACUUGAGUAAAUGUAGUUGGUUACUUUCCGCGGCUGUAAAUCUGUUCAAACACUGAUUGGCUGAGACUUGUUUUUGGUGAAGGUUAAAGUUACAUCUCCAGAGAAUGAGUGUAAGUCAAUGAAGUGAAAUCAAACAUGAGUGUGUGUGAGAAUGAGAGUCGAGUCGGUAUCAGUUUAUGUGUUUAUUUAUGAAAACAAAGGAACUCAGAAAAUAAGGAUCCCAUAUCAGUAAUUACAUCAAAUAAUUCACUUGUUGGUUUUUCGUCGGUUCGUCCUCUCUCUGUCUCUGUCUCUGUCUCUGUCUCUACUCUAUCGAGCGGAGUUCGAUCUAAACCUCAGACAGCUACUAUACAGCUACUAUACAGUGCUCAAACAUACGGAAGAAAGAACGUACGGCCGGAGUGCAUGCAAUACAUAAAAUCACUUUUUUCCUUUUUCUUAUUAAAAUACAAAAAUUAACUAUUAGCAUCAAAGCUCGACCAUCAACUUAAAACAAACAGAGGAGGGUUACUAUGGCAACGAGCUGUCCAACUGUCUGUCUGUCACACCGGGGGGGAAUGUGUGUAUUGAUCGUUUUCGGCCGAUUGGUUAUUAAUUGGUCUAUAAAAUGUCAAAAAUUAAACGGCACGUCUGUUUUGGUUUUCAAUGUGUUUCUUCAGUCUUACAUUAGUUUCAAAAAGCACAACC